AUGGAGUUGGACCCCAAAACCAUGCGAACCACCAAACCCGGCCUCAAGCCUGUCAUCCUCACCCUCAUUGUCCCCUUCUCAUUCAUCCUAGGUUUCCCGCUGCUAUGGAAAUCCGUCGAAAUCUACCGUUCUCCGCUCCCCUUCCGUGGAAUAGAAGCAUUCUCUUCGCAAUUGGACUCCGAACCCUUACACUUCCGUUGCCAAUUCCAAGCCAUGUUCCUUGGUUUCAACUUCACCGCCUCAAACGACGUCGCAGAAGCAAUUAUCAACAAGAUGUCCCUACUGAACCCUAACUCCUCGCAAUGCGGUAAUUGCGGUGCCUAUGAGGUCUCUGUGGUGAUUGAUUCGGGCUCAAGUUGCAUGCGGACGGAGAAUUCGAAAGCUCAGUGUCCGUUUAAGUGUGGUGAAGAAGUUGCUCUUUUUGGCGGGAAGUUGAGUGAUGAAGAUGUUGAUGAGUUGCUGAGGGGUUGUUUGGGGAAUGUGGAUGGUGGAGGGAACGUGUAUAGUGUGGUGGUGGUGAAUGGGGGCGACAAGGAGGCAGAGGUGAGGGCUGUGGUGGGGAAGUAUCGGCACGCGUGGAUACUCGGCCGUGUUUUGGAGGAGGAGGCGCUUUCGAGGGUGGCUGAAAUCUUUGCCAAGGUGUUCAUGAAUGGUAGGAGUGAAGGGGAUUCGAUUCGCGCCGAGUUCAUGCCGGUUGGUGCUGAUGGCAGGAUUGUUCUUUCCUUCAGUUUGCUCAAUGCAGAGCCGCGGGAUUGGAUAUAUGAUUGGAAUUUUCGUGAAAUUGAUGAGAUUCUGUUGCAACCUGUAAUCCAAUCUUUGCAACCUAUAGCAAACAUAACAGUUGAAAGCCAGGUUUUAUAUCAUACGCAAAAGUCUCCAUUUUCUUACUGGGAUGAGGUGCUUGGAAGCCACAUUUCUAGUACCAAGGAUCUUCCUUUCUUUGUUAAUUCUAAUGAGUGGCACUUGGAUACUUCAGUUGCAGCCAGUGGGAGAUCUAAAAUGUUGCAACUUGUGGUGUAUAUACCAUCAGCAAAGGAAUGUCCUCUCCGGUUGGAGCUUCCAAAUGGAGACCUGUCUAAUACUAAUGGAUUUAUAUCCCCAAUGUGGGGAGGUGUUGUUGUAUGGAAUCCCCAAAGCUGUAAAAAAGAUUUGGAAAGUAAGGAUUCAGUCAAACAUAUGAUUUCAACCCAGGAUAUCCAGAAGCUUUCUGGAAUUCUAAUGGGGCAGUUGCGGCAACUCCUUGGUCUUAAGUCUGAUAACCUCUAUGUUGGUCAAUCAGGCACAUACAUUCUCCAAGGGAGUGAAAAAGGAUUCACACAAUGGGAGUUGGAUGUUUUGUCACGGAAUCAUGUUUGCUUUAAUCUCUAUUCUUGUGCGGCAACACUUGGAUCUCUUUCCAGAUUGGUUCAAUCAUUGCCAAGGAUGAUUAUCACUGAUAAAAUUGGAAAAAAGGUGAUGAUUUCUUUGGAAGCUGCAAAAUUUGCUCAAAGUAAUGCAUCUGCUGGAAUUUAUGAUGCAUCUGCUUCAUCAUCAAGGCAAGCAAGAUCUCUGGCAGAGGAUUCCUUUUUUCAUCCUUCAAUUAUGUCUAUCAGUUAUUAUUCAUAUUGGCAUUCUUUUAUCAUCUAUAUGCCAUAUUUUCUGCUUGUUAUGAAGCCAGUCAUCUUCCCUGUUUUGAGUGAAUGGAAAAGAUACAAGCAAGAGAAUAUGAAGUUUGUCGCAUGGAAGGCCAAAGCAAAGUAA